CGUGACCCUGUUGCCGCCGGCCCGUCAGUCAAACAAUUAGCGGGAACGGUUGGUUUACGUUUACACCUAUAGCUUGUUGACAGAUCUUUUUCUUUUCUUUUUUAAACUGCUGUUUGUACUGUGUCUCUGUUUUGACAAACCAUCAUUGUAUUGCUGCCAUCUCCUGCUUUGGGGUUUCUCGUCGAAGCCAUGGCAACUGUACAACAAGUGAGAACCUCACAGGAUACUCAGCUGUUGCCUAAUCAGGUCCUCUCGGAGCAGCAGUCAUUGGUUGUUAUGAAGAAGCUUCUGGCCAUCGCCGUGUCGGGCAUCACAUACCUGCGGGGCCUUUUCCCGGAGAAAGCCUACGGGAGCAAAUAUGUUGAUGAACAGAAAGUGAUGAUCCUCAGAGAGGUGCGCAGCUGUCCCGGGGCCAGUCAGAUCGUCCAGUGGAUGCAGGGAUGUUUUGAGGCCAUCCAGCAGAAAUAUCUCCGGACAGUUGUUAUGUCUAUCUACACUGACCCAGAUAAACCCCAGAAUGUGACAGAGUUGUACCAGUUCAGGAUACAGUACACUGCAAAAGGAGCCCUCAUGGACUUUGAAAGCAACACCAACAGCAAAGUGUCGACAAUGUCAUGUGGUAACACGAGGAAGGCCAGCAUCCUGCUGGUGAGGAAGCUCUACACUCUGAUGCAGAACCUGGGUCCUUUGCCAGACAGUGUCUGCCUCAACAUGAAGCUGGCCUACUAUGACGAUGUCACCCCUCAGGACUACCAGCCGCCGGGCUUCAAGGAGGCUGACGGUGACACCAUUGAGUUUGAGAGGGAGCCCGUCAAACUGACCAUGGGCGAGGUGGCCACCCCCUUCCACACUUUGAAGAUGGACAUGACUACAGAGAGACAGAGACUGGAGCAGGUGGAGGAGAGCGUGAAAGUGACGGAGAAGUGGGUUCUGAAGAUGGAGGAGGAGGGCGUCCUUUCACAGAGCCAUGUGAUUGAAGACGUGGAGACGCCUGACACUGACAACACAGACUUGGAUAACACUGAAAUGCAAAUGAGCUGUCAGGAGACGAUGGAGAGUUGUGAGGACAUUACAGAGGUGGACACUCUGGUGAAGAGGACCAGGAGUGGACGGAUCAUCAAGUCGGCCACGGAGAAAAAUGUAAUCGUGAACAACAAGCCGACAGUCAUGAAGGACAGAGCGGUUUCUCAGUAUGACAUCCCCAACAGCCAGGAAACGCCGUCCACAUCCGCGCAAAGGAAGAAACGCAAAUUCAGCGAGCCCAAAGAACACUUCUGAGCUCACGCCCCAACCAACACAGUCACGCUGAUGCUUUAUCACGUUUCAAUUUUAAUUGGUUAAGGUUCUGUGGUUGUGUAUUUUGAAAAAAAACUCGUAUUUUGAGGUUGUGACAAAAUGUCAGUAAACAGUUCUUUUGAAUUGAAAUACAGAUCUAACAUGUUUUCGUAUAAUUUAGCUGUGAAGUUUGAAUAUUCAUUUGCAAAACUGUUGAUUUUCUAUUUUGCUGUGUGUUUUUCUGGUACAGUUCUGUUCCUUGUGUUCAAAGCAGGACUGAAUAAAAUUCAAAACUUCUCUCAA